ACCAAGACCGGGGGAAAUGACACAUCAUUUAGUCACUUGGGUCAAUGUCUUAUUUUCCAUUGGGUCUAUUCCAAGCUCGUAAUCUCCAAUCCAAUCUCCAAUAUCUCAUUUUCAAGUCCUUCUCAAUCUUCCUACAACAGAAAUGACAACUCCAACCAUCUUUGUUACACUCAUUCUCUUAACUACUUUGAAUGUGGACAUCAUCAUAGCAUCCAAGCAUGGAAAUGACUAUGUUAGAGAUGCAUGUAGUGUAACUAAGUACCCCACCGUUUGUAUUCGGUCAUUAUCGUCGUUCUCAUGCAAGGCGAAGAGGAGCUCACAUAGGUGGGCCCGGGCAGCGGUAUCGUUCACGUUGGGGGAGGCGAAGAGCGUGAGGAGGUAUUUGGGGUCGCUUAGAAGUGGGGGAGAGAUGAGGGGAAGGGAAGGGAUGGCGUUAUUGGAUUGCAUUGAGUGUUUUGGUGAUACGGUUCAUCAGCUCCGUAGCUCGCUGUUUGAGCUGAGGAGAUUGAAUGGGAAGACGUUUGAGAGGCAGAUGGGGAAUGUGGAGACGUGGGUAAGUGCAGCGCUGAGUUAUGAAGAUAGUUGCUCGGAAGGGUUGAAAGGUAGGAGAGGGAAGGAGGUGAGGUUCCUUAGAGGUAAGGUUGUGAAUGUUACGCAGUUCACUAGCAAUGCUCUGUCGCUUGUUAAUAAACUGGCGUCUGAUGGAGGUGCUGGCUUCGACGGUCCUUAGAAAUCAUAGGAUGUCUAUGUUUUGAUGUUAGCAGUAUUUCAGCGUAUUGGUGGCUUGAUACUAAGAUAUAAUAUAUAGUAUGUGUGUCCUUUAUACAAUACUCUCUCUCUCUCUCUCUCUCUCUCUCUCUCUGAGAGUUUAUGAACAUGUAGCAUGAUUGCUGAGAAGCCUUCUCUCUCUCUCUCUCUCUCUCUCUCUCUCUCUCUCUCUCUCUCUCUCUCUGAGAG